GCACGCGCAGUAGCGACCUGCGAGCAACAACAACAAUCAGAGGCCAGCGGAGAAAGAUGGACCCGUGAAGCUUCACGCGUCUGAUCCUCAUCACACACUCGACCGCUGCUGUUUCCUCCGGAGCGUUUAUAUGUCGACGGCGCCGAGUCCAUGAACCUGGCCAGUCAGAGCGGGGACGCUGGCGGCAGCCAGCUCCUCUUCGCCAACUUUAACCAGGACAACACGUCUUUAGCUGUUGGCACCAAAUCAGGAUACAAGUUUUUCUCUCUGUCCUCUGUGGACAAGCUGGAGCAGAUUUAUGAAUGUACAGACACAGAGGAUGUGUGCAUCGUGGAGCGUCUGUUCUCCAGCAGCCUGGUGGCCAUUGUCAGCCUGAAGGCCCCCAGGAAGCUCAAAGUCUGUCACUUCAAGAAGGGAACUGAGAUCUGCAACUACUCCUAUUCCAACACCAUACUGGCCGUCAAACUCAACAGACAGAGGCUGAUCGUGUGUCUGGAGGAGUCACUGUACAUUCACAACAUCCGAGACAUGAAAGUGUUGCACACUAUCAGAGAGACUCCCCCCAACCCUUCAGGAUUGUGUGCCCUUUCUAUCAGCAAUGAUAACUGUUACCUGGCGUACCCGGGAAGUGCAACGAUAGGAGAGGUUCAAGUGUUUGACACUGUCAACCUGCGAGCUGCUAAUAUGAUUCCAGCCCACGACAGCCCGUUAGCGGCUCUGGCUUUCGAUGCCAGUGGAACCAAGCUAGCCACAGCCUCAGAGAAGGGGACAGUGAUUCGUGUCUUCUCAAUCCCAGAGGGACAGAAGCUCUUUGAAUUUCGGCGAGGAGUCAAGAGGUGUGUGAGCAUUUGUUCAUUGGCAUUCAGUAUUGAAGGCCUGUACCUGUCGGCCUCCAGCAACACAGAGACGGUCCACAUCUUCAAAUUAGAAACACAGAAGGAGAAGUAUGUGCCUGCGGAGGAGCCCACCACUUGGGGAGGGUAUCUGGGAAAGGUCCUGAUGGCAUCCACCACCUACCUGCCUUCCCAGGUCACCGAGAUGUUCACACAGGGGCGAGCCUUCGCCACCGUACGUCUGCCCUUCUGUGGACACAAGAACAUCUGCGCCUUAGCUGUGAUUCAGAAGAUUCCCAGGUUGCUGGUUGCUGCAGCUGAUGGUUAUUUGUACCUGUACAACUUGGAUCCACAAGAGGGAGGAGAAUGUACACUCAUGAAGCAGCACAGGUUAGAUGGCACUACUGAACCAUCCAAUGAGAUCCUUGAUCAAGGGUCACAUGAUCGCCCACUCGUGGCCCAAACCUACAGUGCUGCUGUCACUAAAGGUUACUGUGAAGAGCAGGGCGCCGUUGGAGGGGCGGGCCUAGACGAUGACCUCAACGACUUGCGCCUAGAGGAGGAGAACGAGCAACCGCCGCUCAUCCUUGAAACUGACUGACUUUACGAAACGGCUGUUCCCACCAAUCAGAGGGCUCCUCUGGUGCUGCUACAAACAUGUGACACAAGGGGGGCGGGGGCAGAAUCAAAGAGGAGGGAGGGGGGUGUUUUUAAAACGCUCAAAGCGUUCAAGAGCCUGUGCGUCAGUCUAUCUGUGCGUUUGUCUCUUCAUAUCCAUGUCUUAUCUUUUUCAUCCCUCCUUCCCCACCUUUCCUCUGCUUCCUUUACCCCCAGUUUCGCCUGCGCAGGCCAAACUGAUGCUUUUGCAUGUACAUGUGCCAACCGCUAAUUACAUGCUCCAAUGUGAAAACGGCGUCUGUGUGUGUGCUUAUUGGACAUUUGAUUUUUUUUUAAAAUGUAGCCGUGUCUCUCGAAAGACGCACACAUUGACACAAGCACUGUGUGAAAUGAAAGCGAUUGUGUAAGUGCCUCUCUGCCCCAGUGUCCUGGUGCGUUCUGUCUGAGAGGGAGAUCUUUUCACAUUGGCUCAAUAAAAUCUAUUUUCAGUUGUUGGAUCUUAA